AUGGAUGCAAACUCAAAAUGGUCAGCACGGAAAAAGAAACGUAAAACAUUGGGUUUGAAGGCGAAAGAAAGCUCGAGGUGGCUGAAGGGAACAUUAUGUUCAAUCGAAAACGAUAAACCGUAUUGGUUCAUAAGACCAUCAGGUGACUUACCGAAGGGUUAUAACACAGAAAGAGAUGUGUACAUGCAGUCUGAUAACAUAUCCAAGUAUAUAUUACCUCUGAAAGGCGGGGAUAUAGUGGAAUUUGUACUUGGCGAAAGAGAUCCAGCAAAGCCGAUGGCACGAAAAGUAAGAGUAUUCCGGUAUUCGCAACGUUCUUGUGAAGAGCUGGUGGAUUACCUAAAUCUGUUGACUGAAGAUUUGAAUUCAGUAUACUACAAGACAGUGCUCGUCGAAACAUUACCAAACAUUGUCAUGUGGAGUUUCCUUGGCUCGCCCACAUCUACAUCUAUAUGCGUUGUUUACAUCGAAUUCCUGCUCCAAUUACUUCAACAAAUUAUAAAAGUUGGCAAACACUGCAAAACCCUGACGAAGGAAUCGUUGAAGGCCGUGCUACAAGGAACGAUUUUUCAAAGUAAAGGCGAUAAAAGUUUGGCUUUGUUAGUAAAGUCUUCCCAAUAUAAUGUCGAAGAGGACGAGUUUUAUCUUGCAGAUGGACAGCAUCAAUUGUUAUCAGCCGAACUUCUUCGAAGUACGUGUGAAAGUAUAAUUCGUCAUACUCCAUCCAUCGCACGAUGUCUUUUACCAACAGUCCUAGCUAUCACAGAAAAGACACCGACAUCUUCCACAACUCACUUUCUGUACAAACUCCUACAGCUUAGUCUCAGUGGCGAAAAUACUGAAAUUCCCAAUAUGGAUGUAUGGCAGGAACUUCCGCUGAUAUUAACUCACUAUGAGUUAACUAGUGCUGAUUUGCUUACAAAAGAUAAGCACCUUACACCUGUGAAAUGGCGCACACCUUAUCAAAAUCCCGAGGAGUACAUGGAUACAUAUUUCAGGCUACUCCGUGCGGAAGCGUUUGCUUCAAUACAAAAGAGAAUUAGAGAGCUCAACUCGGGUCGACUAGAUGUUCGUGAUAUGAAUGUUUAUUAUGAUGUUCAUCUGGCUGGAUUUGAACUUCAAAAUGGUCGGUUCUCUCUUGCAAUUCAUUUCAACCCAGCCAGGAAAGUCACAAAGUGGGAAAACUCAACCAAACUCAUGUUUGGCAACUUGCUGUGUAUUUCUCUGAACCGAAAGUUUGAUGACGUCAUCUGGGCCACAGUAUCCAAUAGGGAUACAGAAAUGCUCAAUAAAUAUUCAGUCGUUAUGUUGGAAUUGUUAGAUGAAAACAAGAAACCAAUGAGUGAGAUCAUAAAUUUACUACAAAGUAAUGAAGGUUAGUUCGAGUAGAUUUUGAUUCUCUAAUUACUUUUCUGUUUGUUAGUGUUUAAUGUUUUUGUGUUUAUCUCUUUUUGUUUAUUUACUUCCUUAUUCAUUACUGAACACAGCUAUCAUGGAUGUGUGCGUGGGGGAAAGGGGGGGGGGGUUGGAUGUGUGGGAGGUGGAUGUGUGUGGGGUGUCUAUUUUUUAUUUGGAAAGGCAACCAGACCCCACCAACCAGACCCCUGCCAGGGCAGUGUUUCACCACACCCAAACCAUGACCAUGACUCAAUGAGCACCACCCCCUCCCCACCCCUACCAAAUCUAGCUGGAUCCAGUUAUACAACUAUCUUACAGGAUCAGGAGUCAUGGCAGAAUCACCGACCUACUACCACGCCAUAAGUCCUAUUCUACGGCGUUUAAAAGAAUUCGACAUGGAAAACUUUCCACUUCAACAAGAAGUUGUUUUUGCUAAACCUUCGUUAGAAUUUCGGUUUCCGAGAUAUCUUAAAGAAGCAAAGACAUUGGACCCCACACCUGUUAUCAUUCCUGAAGGUGACAACCGAAGUUCGAAAGAAAGAAUUGCUGAGAAACGAAUGGAGGUCGAAAAAUUUCUCGAAAUUUUCAAAGAUUGUCAAACGCUUCUCGAAGAAAGCCAACGUAACGCUCUCGUUCACGCUUUGCAGAAUAGACUGGCGAUCAUACAAGGUAUACUGCAGAAAAUUUAUAUAUCUUCUCUUUAUCUAAUUAUUACUCAUAAAACGAAGCUCAAAGAAUGGGCAUGCAAGUUUUCGUGUGGUAGUAUUUUUUGCCAAACGUUUGCGUAUUGCAGCCAAAUAGAAACUAUAAUAGAGCGUUUGCACAUGACGUCACAGCCGCCAUGUUGGUGUUCCAAUUCAAAAGAAUUUUAAUUAGACUCUUUUGUCUGGAACACCAACAUGGCUGCCAUGGCUUUUGCUGAGUUGCUCCCUGGGAUUCAAAUGAGUGCAAACCGCUCUAUAGAGUCCCAUCUAGUGUUCACAAUCCUUUUUUACUUUAUACAUAGCAAAACAGAUAACUUUUUUUGUGUGUGUGUUUUGAUGUAAUGUACUCAAAUGAAUAUAAUGUUUUUGAUGUUACUCUGAGUGUAUAUCCACAGCGGGCAGGCCUGAAAAGUUAGCCUGACCACGAUGGGAAUCGAAUCCGCGAGUUCGCCCGCUGUGGAUAUACACUCAGAGCAACAUCAAAAACAUCACAAAAAACCGAUAACGUUUUUAAGUCUGUAAUUGAGAAAUAAAUUUAGCAGACAUUUUGUCUUACAUUCUUCUAUUAGGUCCACCAGGUUGUGGGAAAACGUUCAUCGGAGUUAAAAUCGUGCAAUUGCUGUUAUCUCUCUCGCCGAAGCUUGAGAAACCAAUCUUAUUGUUGACUUACAAGAACCACGCCCUUGACGAAUUCCUAAAACAGAUGUUGACAUUUUGCCGAAAAAAUGAGCUGGUUAGGAUUGGAGGCAGGUCGAAGGAGCCAGAGUUGGAAUCCUGCAAUCUACAUGCGAUCACGAGAUCGCUGAUGAAGAACAAGAGCCAUAGUAAAGCAGUUUUUACCGAGAUUCAAGAAAAGAAAAAUGAGAUUGAAGAAGUGGAAACACAAAUUAAAGAGCUAUCUUCUGAGGUUGAUGUUAGCAGUCAACUGGGGAAGAAGAGUUUCGUGGAUGAGCUAUCCGAAGAGCAACUACAAUUACUACUAAUCGAAGCAGGUUGGAACCAGAAAAAGAUUGUAUGCCACCGGAAUAGCAAGACGUGCGCCAACAAGACAUGGAUCAGGCAGCUUAUAUCUGAUAUUUCCCAGAAACAUUGUUCUCUCAAAGAGUUUUUGAUGAAAUCUAUUGAAUUAGGAGGUUUGAAGAAGAACUCAAACGAAGACCAUUGCUUCAAUGUGUUUAAUAGAGUCUUUCAGGAAUGGUUUCCAGACAGACAGGAACUCCAACAAUUAAAGGCGAUUCAAACAGAGUUUAUUCUACAGUUACAGAGCAAAACGUUAGAUGAAGAAAAGAUACUCAAUUCUGACGACGAAUGUCCGGAUGACAGCGGAGACGAGGAUUACGUGAAGGAAUUAGCUGAGACGAGAAUGAUUUCAGGCAUCAAACAAGGAAGGAAUUCUAAAAACAGUCUUGUCAUUUUCAAUUCUAUCAAGACGAAUCAGAAAGAUGUUUUGAUCGAUAUCUCUGAUUACCCCAACGAUAUGGCUGUUAAUUCACAAAUUCGCCACAUCGAAAAUCUUUGGGACUUAACAAAACCUCAAAGAUUGCAAUUUCUGUACAGCAUCUUGAGUGAGAGAACAACCAGCGUCUCUCAGGAGUUGAAUGAUCUGCUCGAGCGACUGCAGUAUUUGAAGAGUCAUAGAGACGAGUUGGAAAUGGAUGAAAAAGUUAAAUUAUUGUCGCAGAAAAAGAUCAUUGGUGUCACCAUCACAGGAGCGUCUAUUAAUCAUGAUCUUAUUCACCAAAUUGGUCCGAGUGUCGUGAUCGUCGAGGAAGCCGCUGAAAUACUUGAACCUGGUCUCCUGGCUGCGUUGACGCCAUCUGUUGAGCAUCUCAUCCUGAUUGGAGACCACAAACAAUUGAGACCUCAAGUGGAUACUUACGAGCUGCGCAUUGGCUUUCAGUAUUUCAAUAUUUCGAUGAUGGAAAGAUUGAUCGAAUCUAAAUUCGAGUACAAAACCCUGACCAAGCAAAACCGAAUGCGUCCUGAGUUUUCAGCCCUGUUACGAGACAUCUACCCCAAGCUAGAAGAUAACCAACCGCUGGUGUUAAAGAACGAGCCUUUGAAAUGCAUCGAGAAGUCCAUGUUUUUCUGGUCUCAUGAAUAUCCCGAACAACACGAUCGCUCCUACACAAAUGUCAAAGAAGCAGAACGAAUCAGAGCUCUUGUUAUUUAUCUUCUGUGCAAUGGCUGCUGUCCGUCUGAGAUCACUGUUCUUGCCGCCUAUCUCGGGCAGACUAAAGUUCUUCGAAAAAUGCUGCAAGAUCUAAAGACCAAAAUGCCCCAUCUUUUUAAAGAAAUAAACACAGGCAGAGUAACCACAGAAGGAUUCAUUCAAGUUCAAACGAUCGACAUGUAUCAAGGUGAUGAAAAUAAGUAUGUCCUUAUUUCGCUUGUACGAUCCAACGAUGACCGUAAGAUUGGUUUCCUGGCUGAACAGAACCGUCGUUGCGUGGCACAGUCGAGGGCCAAGUGUGGUAUGUAUUUCGUAGGAAACGUAACAACUUUCGAAAGGGGGUGUUGGUCUAAGUUGAUAAAAUCAAUGCGGGGGGAAAAAUGUGUAGAAAAUAUAAUCCCUCUCCAAUGCACAAAGCACGAAAGUUCUAUAUUUCAAGCAAAAGAAGCCGAGAACAUUACUGAGGUUAUCUCUAACCCUAAACUCUUGUGCAAGCUAAUGUGUGGAGACCCAUAUGCCUGUGGAAUGCAUCUAUGUAAGCAAUCCUGUUUCCCAAGACAUGGACACACUGCAUGUCCCGAAUUAGUAUGGGACAAGUUUCCAAGUUGUAGUCAUCCUGUUCAUCGUAAAUGCACACAAGAUAUUACCAAGCUACUUUGUGACGAACCGGUCGCUGCUGCCUUUCCACGAUGCGGUCACAAAACGGAAAAAAAAUGUCAUGAGAAGAUUGAAGAUCUCUUUUGCACUUGCCCGUGUAGAGAAAUAAAUUCUUGUGGAAAACAUCACUGUGCUAAUAAAUGUGGCAAGCCUCAUGGCCACGACAGUUGCCCACAAUGGUUAACUACACAUUUCCGAGCUGUAACCAUCCUUCAACCAAAAAGAAGAAAUGUUCUGAACCGAUCGCUUGGAACUGCACUAAAACUGUGUAUUUCACAGGAUUCUGUGGACAUCAAAUCCAAAAGGAAUGUUAUCAGAAAGACGGGGAUGUGA